GUGUGUUCUCGCACCAGUGUGGCUGAGCACCGUCACGCGCGCUAAGCAGGGAUAAAACGUAUCUCUUCUUACGGGCGCAAGUGGGAGAAGGAGGUGGCCAGAGGAAAGAGCGGAGCGGCCCGAAAGAGCGAGAGGCCAGAAAGAUUCCGAGAAAGGGCAAACGAGGGUGGGUGGCGAGAGCGACCUCGUCGCGCCGUUAACGUUCGCACCCACGCAUACAGACACAGCGCAGCCGAAGCGGAGUGCUCUCGGGGCGAGGGACCUUGCGUGAGCCACCCCGAGGAGUUACUCGAACCUUGGUGGCGCACCAGAUACCAGCGAGCGAGCGAGUGAGCAGGUGAUUCUCGCGAGGGUGACGAGGGUUACAACACCACCGGAUUCGCGUUCGCGAGGAGGAACCAGAGAACUCUUCGGGGGAAGAAAAAGGAAAGAGCUCCCCUGCCUCCCCAGCGAGAGAAGAAAGGGAGCCCUUUCGGAGAGAGAGAGAGAGAAGAAACAGGAGCGCGACUCGCAAACGCGUUUGCAAUCCACGAAGCGAGGAUGGUACGGAGAUUCUGCAACGGCGCGGUUGCACUUGGCAUCGCCCUGACGGCCUGCGCUGCCUUUCCGCGCGCCGUCAUGGCGAUCGACCUCAGCCGCUUUUACGGUCACUUCACGAAACGCUCGGAGGCUUGCCAUCCGUACGAACCGUUCAAGUGCCCGGGCGAUGGUUUCUGCAUCUCGAUACAAUAUCUCUGCGACGGGGCACCCGAUUGCCAGGACGGAUACGACGAGGACUCAAGAUUGUGUACCGCAGCCAAACGACCGCCCGUCGAGGAAACCGCGAGCUUCCUGCAGUCCCUUCUGGCCAGCCACGGUCCCAAUUAUAUGGAAAAGCUGUUCGGUACCAAAGCACGCGACAUGCUGAAGCCUCUCGGUGGUGUGGAUAAAGUGGCUAUCGCGCUAUCCGAGUCGCAGACGAUCGAGGACUUCGGCGCGGCGUUGCACCUGAUGCGCUCGGAUCUCGAGCACCUGCGCUCGGUCUUCAUGGCGGUGGAGAACGGCGACCUAGGUAUGCUGAAGUCCAUCGGUAUCAAGGACUCCGAGCUGGGCGACGUCAAGUUCUUCCUCGAGAAACUCGUUAAGACAGGCUUCCUCGAUUGAACGGUCACAUCCGCCACCGAACCGCCGCCGCCGCCGCCGCCGCCGUCGUCGUCGUCGUCGUCGUCGACGAGGAGAACCCGCCGCCGCCGCCGCCGCCGUCGCCGUCGUCGUCGUCGCCGCCGCCGUCGCCGCAUCGCUGCCGGUGCCGCAUCACCGUCGUCGCAUCAGCAGACCCUUUGUUCGAUGAAGCCUAAGUCGUCCUUUCCGCGGGCACUUCUAGCUUUCUUCCGUCGCGAGUUCUUAGGCGCAGGAUAUAGCCUUUCCUUUCCUUUCCUAUCUCUCUCUCUCUCGAGCCUUUUCUCUUCAAAGCUCUCGCUUCAACGCGAUCACGAGCACCGAAAUGAUCAUCGUGAGGGGAUCUGCGUGGGGACCCGAAACUUCUGCAUGGCGGGCGAACAAAAGCGAGCGGGUUCCAUUUUGCACAUAUCACGUAACUCCAUCACGUUCGGAUAAUUUCAUUAUCCUACCAGAGUGUAAUAACCAGAACGUGACUAAUUUGCCAAGUACUUUUUCUCGAGCAGUUUAAAGUGCAUCGCGAUUUGCAUCUGUCAUUAGGCAAGAUGUAAUCGAGGAGCUAAAAACGUUGUUAGAUUCUCUGUACAAUCUACAAUCUUUAAUAUUACCUCCUUAACUUUUCAAACUGAUUCGUCUUGUAACAGAUGACACGUCUGCCUUUUACUUCUCCUAAACUUUGUGAUUGUCAAACUUAAAUUGGAUUCUCGUGAGUAUUUUGCGACACUUCGAGAGGAGCCACCCUCUCGCGUCUCUUUAACUGCGCGUAGGAGGCGCAACUUCUCCUCGCGUAAACUAGUAAUGAGCUUUUGUCCGACCUAUUUCUAAAAUAUUGAGCUUCCUCGCGUAUCUUGUACCUACUUAACUUCUCUCACUUCUCCAUGCACGUGUACGCUGUCGCAUGUCCCGGACUUAUUCGAGAGCCGUGUCUUUAAUAUGCGAGCACGUAUACGGUACCAUCUUGCAUAAGAGAUGAGACAUCGAUGACACGACUCGUUCGCGAUUCGCAGUGACGCAACAGUCCCACGGUUGUGCAUUAAACUUGCUUAAAGUGCGCGAAUGAUGUUGUACGGGAGAAUUUUUUUACGAUCGUCCACUUGAAAAAUAAAAAAUAGUUGUUAUGAGAUUCUAAUUGAGAUCAAAUAUCUAAAUGGCAAAAUUCUUGAAUUAAAAUUCUUAGGUCGCCACUGAAAGCUUCUUGGCAAGAUUGCUAUCUUCAAAGUUCAAACUUUAAACUUCGCGAGAAAGUAAUUACGUCCAAGCAUGGUAGGAUGAUUUUUAAUCAAAUCAUCUUGCUUCGGAAAGGUCGUGCGGCAGAAGUCGAUAAUCUAAUUUCUUAUUAAAUGCAAUAUCAUCAAAUUAACACCCCCGCAGAAAACAUUAUUUUAUCGCGAAUGCACAAUCACUGGACUUGUGCAGUGUCGCAUUAAGACAUGGGCUGCAUGGGCCAUAGCUUCAAUCAGCAAUUUUUGAGAAAAAGAAAUUGUUUGGUUGUGUAUUAAAUAUUAUUUAAAAAAUAACAAAACUUUGAAAACAAAUUAAUUUAGUAUAAAUGGAGGAUUUCGUAAAACAAGACCUCAGAAAAGUAAUUUUUUAAUAAAGUAAUUUUUUAAACAAAAAUAGAGUUAAAACUUGUUGCCAGUAAUGAAUAAUCAAAAAAAUGAUAACUCCGAUUUGUACUUUAUAUAAUGACUAUCAUCAUAUUCAUUUUUUUUACAUUUGUAAUUUAUAUUGAUUUGAGUUUUCACACGUUCUGCUUUUUAUAUUUUGACAUGUUAACAUCCGAUGUACGGAACAUGUAAGUCCUUAAUUGUUCUUUACUUAGUUUCAAAUCUAUUAUAUUUUAUUCAGUUGUUCAUUUAUUAUUCAAUUGUUUGUCCAUUUACGUAUCAUCCGUGACUUGCGGCCACAAAUGCAUUGACUGCAAUGUUUCUUUGGAAAUUUUUAUCAACUUGUACUUGAGAAGGACCUAAUCGAGAUCGAAGCGUACUUAACCAUUUAAUCUAUAAUAAAAUUGCCGAUUGGGUUGAAUCUACUAAAUCGGAGUUAUAAUUUUUUAAUUUUUUAAAGUUUUGUAAAAUUUUGUGAUGGGUAUUUGAUAAAGAAAAUAGGAUUAUGAUAUAUUUAAAUUGUGAUGAGUUUAACAAGUUCUAUCUAACUCCUGAAAAAAAUUGUUAUCCUAUUAUCAUAUUAUAAUGUAUUUAUAAUGUGACAUCACAUUUUAUAAAAAGGUGCUCGAAAUUUAUGAAUGCAAAACAGGUUAAUGCGACACUGAACCUGUGCUUUAGCGGCUAGGGUCAGGGCGGGGACAUAUAUUUUUCUCAAUUACUUUUGCGUAUUUGCAAAAGAAUCGUGCAUGACGAUUAUUCUCAAUUACCCUCCCGGGAUAUCCCUUUAAACGUACUUACUUUCCGACGAUACUGCGCAAUUUCUACUGCGAUAUAACUUUAUCUCUGUAUAAGAUACCUAGGCUGAAUAAGACCCACUUAUAAAUUAUUUUAUAUUUUUUUAAAAUUUAUUUGUAUGAAAUGGGAUUUUUUAAAGUAGAGUUGGGAACUUUAUUUUUCAAAAUUCUAUUAAAUAUUAAGGUAUAAAAAUUCUAUUAUAUAAGCAUAAUUUUUAAAAUUAACUUUAAAAACUCUAUAUAAUAGAAUUUUUUAAAAUAAAAUUAAUUAAAUGGGUUUUUUGCUCAACCAAAGUACCUUAUCGCGGGAUAGAGAGAGGAUGACAGCAACUUUUAUUCAGACGAGCAAUUGCUGGAACAGUAUAUUAAUUUAAAAUCGUCGUUCCCUCGCGUUAUGUUUUUUUUAAAUUUUAGCUUCGUUAUCGCGUAAACGUUUUGUGACGCGGCAGUCGGCAUUGCGACGAAUAAAAAAACAAAAAGAAAAAAAAACUGAAAAUAGCAAAUCCCGUGCCGAGAAAGUCCUCGGUUUAUUCGGUAUUUUCACCGCAUUUCAAGCACCAAAUUGUAAUUCUUGUCUUGAUUGAGGUGACUCUGAUGGAGGCGAAUGUAAAUUAAGCGAGACGAGAUGAAGCAGCCUUGUUUAAUGUUAUAAAAUGUGCGGUGGGAAUACUGUCCCUUUCGCAUUAAAUAGAUCAGGUGCUUUUGAUUUCUCUCGGUGCGAUCGUGAACGUCACGCAAUCGUAACAUACAAUGCGGUGAUGUUGCACGCGUGCGUUAAGAGAGACAUGGGUACAAAAGAAUAGUAAGAAGAAAAAGAAGAAGAAAUGGAGCAUUGCGUCGCAUUCUUUCAGGGUAUGCGCGCGUUUUACUUAUAUUAGGAAAAGAAAGCAAAAUAUAUAUACAUAUAAUAUAUAUUUGUAUAUGUGUAUAUAUACAAUAUAUAUAAUAUAUAUAUAUAUGUAUAUAUAUUUAAUGCUAGCGUAUGAUAUUUUCAUUACGGCAACACGAUACAUAUCAGUAUACAUACAUAUCAGUAAAUUAUAUUUAAAAAAUUAUAUAAAUUAUAUAUAUAUAAUGAAGAAAAUAACGAUACUGAAUUCUCUCGAGGUAGCGUUUCCCGUCGCGCUUUCCUUUUACUUCGAAGAGAUAAAAUUCACGUUAUAAAUUUCUAUAUAUAUAUAUAUAUAUAUAUACAUAUAUAUACACACACAUAUUUACAUAUAUGCACAUGUAUUAUAUAUAAAUUGUGCUAUUCGCGACAAUCGAGAAAUCGCGGACGGGCGCGAGUCAGGCGAGACCUCUUUUCUUACCUCGAGAGAAUGCAUUCCCAUUGGGAUGAGUAACGAACAUAUCUUACUUACUAAGCGUAUCUUUUAAUCGAAAACGAUACACUGAGACAUAUCUUCUAAUUAAUGUAACGUAAGCGAGUCUAGAGGUAUAUAUAUAAAUAUUAUACAUAUAUACAUAGCGAAUACAUUUCAACAGAGAAAUCACUCUUUUAUCAGAUGGUAGAUAAUAUUUUGGUAUAUAAAGAAGAAAAAAAAAAGUUUAAUAUUCCCUCCAGAUGUCAAUUACGGUCCAAAGUAGGGCCUGGACCGAGGGCAAAAUCCGAGGGAACUUGUGUGUUUUAGCGAACAACCGAAAGGGGCAUCAGACCGGGGGGUCAUGGCGCGCCGCGACAACCCUUUUCCCUCUUUCCCCUUCUCUCUUUCUCCGCCUUUUUGCCUCCCCGCUGCGUGCCUUGACCCUUUGGCCCCAAUUUCGAGUCAUAAGGUCAAAUCUAUCUCCCCCGAGAGCGGCACACCGGAGUUUCACCAAUAUAUCUGAUAUACAUGUAUAUGCCACGUUUCGAAGGGGCGCGUUACCCAUCAUUUUGAAAUGAUAAGGGAUCGUAUUUUCUUCCCUCCCCCUCUCUUUCUUCCUUUGUACAUUUUAUUACGAUAAUUUGCACAUGUUGCAGAUAUUUAUUAGCCAAGAAGAGCGGACGCUGUUGAUUUGAUCAAUUUGAUGUUCUCUCACAGACCCAAUUAGUGAUCAAACAAGUAAUAUUUCUAAAUCUUCAUUAAAUUAGUUAUAAUUAAAAAUACGUUAACUUAUUAAAGUAAUUUAUUAAAUAUAUAACUUAUUAAAUUUUAUGACUGUUUUGAAAUAUAAUAUAUUUACUGUUAUUUUGGGAUUUUCUGUAAAGCUUGAUUAAAAAUGAUUUAACUUUUUAAUUGUCUUUGAUCGUGUUCGGGGUCUUGUUUGAUCCAACAGUUUUUUAAAAAUAUCCGCGAUGUUAGAGUACUAUUCGCAUACAGUGUGAUAUUCAAAAGUUUUACAGCAUUCUAGUCGAAGUUUGAUUUUUUUCUCGUUUUCUAUCUCUCACGUACACACUCUUUUGUGCAAUUAUAAAAUAGACUGUGAUAAAAUGUACAUGUGUAAAUUUUUAUUAUCGCGUUUUAAUCCCGAAUACGGUCAAUGUAUACGUGAAAUAAAUGCAAUUAAAAUUUCAAUAGUGACAAAAUUAAUUUCGAAAAUCCGUCGAUCCGUCCACAGAGAGUGUUUCAGCAAUGAAUGAUGCGGUUGUGUCCUUUGACAUUAUAAUACCAACAGAAUAUACAAGAGAUUCGGUACUGAAUGUAAAUGGUCUGAAACUGACAUAUCGCAAAAUGGUUAGCUGCAGCACGUCUUUCUCUAGUACGUGAAAUUUAAUUGGUUUCGAAAUUGCGUAACGUGGCGAAACGGGAUAACAGUGUUCUAUCUAUAUUAAAUGGCAAUGUUUUCCCAUGCGUACUUUUUAACCGCAUCAAAUUUAAUCACAAAUUUAACCCGUUAAACGUUCCGCGUUACAUUCGAGUCCAAUUUCCAAAUCCACUGAAUCCUUUAUACCCUGCGAAAUGGUUUCGAGGAAAAAAAAUGUAACAAUUGCGUCAACGCAGCUCGCGCGUAGCGAUUUCUUUCCCGAUCGUAAAUUCAACUAUACGAUGGAUGCUGCGAUGGCUCUUAUGAAAAUAUUUCACUCGGUUAUUAUAUGCGCGCGAUGGCACGGUCAAUUAAUUGAUUAACGAAGAUGCACGCGGCUUUUUUUUUAUCUUUUCUUCUGUACACGUUUGUGUACUUACACGCCGCACGCGUUGUUUCGUUGCUCUCGUUGCCCAUUUUUACAUUGUCGCGUUAUACCGUCGUUGUAACAUGCGUACGUCGCUAAGUAGACGUUAAGUUAAUCAAUAAAUCGAAGUGAUUAUAUAGGAGACGCAUGUAAUCUUCAACCUUGUCAUUUCAAACUGAUGGUAUGUACGCGGCGCGCACGCAUAUAUAUGCAUAUACACGACCUAUAUAUGUAAAAAGACAAAAAAAGAAAGAACGCAUUGACCACUUUAAUUAUCAGAUUUCAACGAUGUGAUAAUGUACUAAAAUGUCACGCACCGUCGUAUUAUCUGUAUAUGUUACCUUUCGACUUCUGAUUGUUCUACUGCCAAAGCGUUUCUUAUAUUAUACGUCAUGUUACACGGCAACUUGCGACAUGUACUGUGUGUACGCUGUAAGUAUCCAUUCGCUUCUUAAGAUUUUUUGUACUUCUUCUCUAUUCGAUUCGAAAAACGCCAAGGCGCUCUCUUGGGAAUGAUUUUGUCGCGUGGCAAGUUAUAAUCGUUAAAUAAAGCGAACGUUUCUCUUCAGUUUUA